AUGAACAAAGUGGUUGAAAAUGAUGUUUUCUUGCAACGGAGAAGAAAUACUGCCGGAAAAUUAGGGUUAUCAGGAUUGCAAAAAUACACUGCAGCUAUCAGGAUGUUAGCGUAUGGUUUGGCUCCGGAUGCAAUUGAUGAAUAUCUGCGAAUGGGUGAAACAACUUCUAAAAAAUCAUUAUUACAUUUCACUCAAGGGGUAAUCAAGCAUUUUGAAGAGGAUUACCUAAGAAGUCCUACUGAUGAAGACUUAAGGAGGAUCCUUUAUCAAAAUGAAAUGCGCGGAUUUCCAGGAAUGAUCUGUAGUAUUGAUUGUAUGCAUUGGGAAUGGAAGAACUGUCCUACUGCAUGGAGAGGUCAAUACCAAGGACGUAGCGGGAAAGCGUUCCUAAUUCUUGAAGCUGUUGCAUAUCAAGAUCUAUGGAUUUGGCAUUCAUUUUUUGGUAUUCCUGGUUCAUCUAAUGACCUUAAUGUUCUGCACCGUUCUCCUGUUUUUGAUGAUGUUUUGACAGGUAAGGCACCUCCUAUAACUUUUCAGGUGAACGGACAUGAAUACAAUAUGGGGUACUACCUCACAUAUGGUAUUUAUCCAAAUUGGGCUACGUUCAUUCAAAGAUUUUCUCGUCCCCAACUUGAAACGGAAAGGUUGUUUGCUAACAGACAAGCGCAUGUUCGUAAGGAUGUUGAACGUGCGUUCGGAGUUUUGCAAGCAAGAUUCGCCAUUGUACGACAACCAUGUAUGUCUUACGAUGAAGAUAUAUUAGGCGAUAUAAUGAAGGCUUGUAUCAUCUUACACAACAUGAUGGUUGAGGAUGAACGAGAUAUGUAUAUCCGAGCUGAUGUGUUACGAAGGUCUCAUGAAGAAGACCUUUCGAGCUUAACCGCAACAGUGAAUAAUGGUGAACCCUUUGAGUUCCAGACUGGAAAACCCUUCUCCAUUAACGCAUAA